AUGGAGGCUGAUUCGUCUAAGGUGUUAGAUGAGGCCAUCGCAGUAGAGGGAUUUGCAAUAAAUAAUGGCAACAAUAGCAGUCUUGAUGGCCCACCGCAAGGUAUUUCAAAGUCCAGAAAGAGGACAUUCGAUGAGUACCUAGACUUUAUCCUGGGCUUCGAAGAUGUUGAAGACAUGGCAAAUAAGAGACAGCGUCUGGAUGAAGGACCCCAGCUCAUUAAAUUUAAACAGCCAUCGGUUGAUUUCCAAUACCUACAACCAGUAAAACCCGACGUGUCGUCACCUCACAUCGAUGACUACCAGAACAUCUUUCAGGAUACAUCGCAGCAGGAGCCACAACAGGAAACUCCUCUCUGCUUGCCAUUAGAAGACGACUACAAUUUACUAGCCGAUCACAAUGGCAUCGGAGACGGCAAUUCUCCAGAUCUUCCUCAAAUCAGUAAACCCCAGGACAGCACCGCUGAACAUAAGGAAGCCGAAGACCAGCCCCCUGAGCAGCAGAACAACAGCCCCGAAAACGAAGAGAAAAUCCCAGAGGCCAUGAAGUGCCAACUUUACAAGCAUCAGCUCGAGGCUCUGCGGUGGAUGAAGAAGGUGGAGCUGGACCCUGAAAAGAGAGGUGGCAUCUUGGCUGAUGAGAUGGGCCUCGGGAAGACGCUUUCGGCCGUGGCUCUGAUGCUUAGCGACAAGACUAUUGGUGAUAACAAGACGAACCUUGUGAUCGGCCCCGUGUCCAUCCUAACGCAGUGGAAGCGCGAGAUCGAGAAGAACGUGAAAGAGGAGCAGCAGAUCAAAGUCCUCCUGUACAGCUCCAGCCCCAAGAACAACCACCAGGACUUCCUCCGCUACGACGUGGUGCUGGCGAGCUACGGGACGAUCACGGCCGAGUACUCGCGGAUGGCGAAGGCACAAGAGCAGGGCGCGAUCCCGACGCCGGAGAUGAUGCAGCGGUUCCCGAUGUUCCACGAGGACUGCGUUUUCCAUCGCAUCAUCCUCGACGAGGCCCACCAUGUCAAGAACCCGAAGAGCAAAGGGCUGAAGGCUGUGAAUUGUCUGAAAGCGACGUAUCGAUGGUGUUUGACUGGCACGCCGAUGCAGAAUGGCGCGCAGGACUUGGCCUCCCUACUCAAUUUCUUGAGGAUUGAUGUUUGGGGAGACAUCCCCCAUUUCCAACGAACCUUCAAAUCCCUCAGCCCCGGCGGCGCCAAGCUGUCCCCCCAGGCCCGGGACCUCAAGAUGAAAAGAUUGCAGCGGAUCCUCUCCUCCCUAAUGCUCCGGCGCACCAAGACCUCGAAGCGCGACGGGCGGCCCAUCAUCGAGCUAAAGGGCAAGGUCGAGCUCACGCACCACGCCGUCUUCGACGCCGAGGAGGAAGAGUACUACGAGGGCCUGGAGCGGCGGUCCCAGGAUAAGAUCGGGUCCAUCUUUAAUAAGACGCCAAGCCAUAACAGUCGUGGUGGUAGGAACAGGAAGAGCAGAGCCGGUAGUAGUGGUGGUGAGGAUGGCGACGAAAGAAAAUCGUACGCCGAGGUUCUGGUGAUACUACUCCGCCUCCGCCAGGCGUGCUGCCACCCGUUCCUGCGCAUCACGAACCUGUACUCGUACGCGUACCGCGCGCGCGACGCGGGCGCGGAGCUAGCGUGGGCGCGGGAUCUCGCGCCCGACGUCGUAAAGCGGAUUAAGCAGGACGCCGCCGACGCCGCCGCCUUCGAGUGCUUUGAGUGCGGCGACGCGGUCGAGAACCUGUUCAUUGUUUUUCCAUGUGGCGAGUACCUCUGCGCGCCCUGUGUCGAGGACCUGGAUGCCGACGGCAACGCCGUGCAUCGGUGUAGUCGUUUCGGGGAUGCAGACAGGGACAUCGAGUUGGUUAGCUACGAGUCAUUUAGGAAGGCGCAUUGUAGCCCGAGGAAAGGGAAGAAGGCAGAGGGCUACGAAGCGGAUGACUCGGAGUAUUUUUCGUCUGAUGAUGAAGAAGGUGAUGACGAUGUCGAUGAGUACGGCAACUUGAAGGAUUUCGUGGUGGAGGAUCAGAUUCAAGAUGGGAAUUAUGGCGACUACAUGGAUGAGGAUGUCGAUGUAGAGGACGACAUGAAGCUUGGCAAUGGCCAGCCACAGGUUGACGGGGAAGUCAGCGUGGAGCAGCAGCAGCAGCAGCAAAAACAGAGCAAGAUCCGCACAUCCGGCGCCGACUCGCGCCGCACCCUGCACAUGCGCACGAUCGCCAAGCUGCGCCAACAAGCCUCCGCCAACAAGAACGCGCGCGAGCGGUACAUGUCGUACCUCUGGGAGCACUGGAUCCCGUCGGCCAAGGUAAGCAAGUGCUGCUCACUGCUGCGCGACAUAAUCUGGGACACGCCCUCGGACAAGGCGAUCGUGUUCUCGCAGUGGACGGUGCUGCUCGACAUCCUCGAGGUCGCCAUCAUGCGCACGCUCAAGGUCCGGGUGCUGCGGUACGACGGGACGAUGACCAGGGCGCAGCGCGACCGCGCGGUCGAGGACCUGCGCGCGGACCCGAAGGCGCGCGUGAUAUUGAUCUCGCUGCAGGCGGGCAACGCGGGGCUCAACCUCACGGCGGCCAACCAGGUCAUCAUCAUGGACCCCUUCUGGAACCCGUACAUCGAGAACCAGGCGAUCGGGCGGACGUACCGGCUGGGGCAGACGAAAGAGGUGGUGGUGCAUCGCAUUGUGGUGCCGGGCACGGUCGAGGAUCGGAUCAUGGAUAUCAAGGAGGCGAAGCGGGGCGUCGUAGACUCGGCUAUGGACGAGGAGGCAGCGGCGCUGGCGCUGGCAGCGGGGGUUGGGGGGCUGGAUGUGGAUGAGAAUGACCUUUUUACGAGCGGCAAUGGAUAUAGAGGCAGAGCCGGAAAGGGAAAUGCUCGCACCAAUAAAGAGGCUCUGCGUUAUGCCAUUAUCGGCGAGGGCGGCGGCGGAAAGGGAGGUGCGCGGGAUCGUGCUGCGGCGAAGAGGAAGGAGAAAGCGAAGGCAAAGGGCCGAGGCCGACGACAGCAAGUAUCGUCAGGUAAAGUGUAAUGAAUAGUAGGAGAAGGAGGUGAGGCAUGCGUCUACCUAGGCUGGCUGACUUGUCUCACGACAGAUUCUUAUCCCCUUACCUACCCAAUUUUUGUUUUUUAGAUUCCCCCGCUUGAGGUAAGAUAUAUGCCUGGAGUUUAGUCGAUAUGAAGAUGUAUAGACCUAGAGACAGGCAGGAGAAAGGAGGCAGCGAUAUGGAUGAAAGGGAAAAAGUAAUGCAAGGAAAAGUUCGAUUUUCUUGUAUUGAGAGGCGCUUUAGGUAGGAGGGAGGGAAUUUUGCGUGCUCAGCGGCUACCUAUCCUGAUACCCAGUUACCUACCGGUAACCAUCCGCCUACUUUUUUCGAUCAUAGAUACCCUCGGUAGCGUUCUGGGUUUAUUAUGUGUUUGCUAGGUACCUAGGUAAGUAGGUAGGUAUCUAGUAAUUCUUUCU